AUGACCAUAAUGACUAUGAAACAGAAUGGUGGAGUAUUGUAUCAGAGAGUUUUGUUUAAUUGUAUGAACGUUUUAUAUUUAGGCUUGUAAAAUAAAUUAUUUGUCCAGUUGUAUACGAAUUUAACCAGCAUAAUUUGUGGACAUAUGUCACAGUAAAAGUAGCCGCUCUAAUAUACCUUCAAACCCUCCAUGCCAUAUAUAGGUUAGGACAAUGGAGAAUGGAGAUGAAUGUAACGUUCAUAAUUUUGACAGACAGUUAGUUCUUGUGGAGUACCCAGGAGUUGUUGAAAAUGAGGACAGAGCCAUUAGAACCUUGGGAGGAUUGCAAAACAUUUCAACGACUUACUCUUUAAAAAAUAGAAGGUUAGAGCUCCGUUUUCGACCUGAUGAUGCGUUUAGUAAGCCUGCUUGUGGUGAUCGACAUAAGACAUUGUCAUUACUCUUAAAAGUGAAAGUACGUCGUCAGAAAAAGAAAAAUGGCCAGCUUUUGGGUGAAUCUUCAGCAGAAGACUCAGACAGCUCUUCUAGCACAUUUUCUGCAGGGAGUUCUUUAAGAACGACUUGCAGUAUAGCUGUUGUGGGCAGAAUAGAAACAGCCUAUCGCUUUAGAAAUUUGUGUGACUUCCAGUAUGUCACCAUGAAUCCUCAGUUUGGUAGCCAUGGGCCAGCUGUGUGCGAAUAUAGUAACCUUGUUCCAAUUGGACUUCCUAAAGCUUCAUGGCUGACUGGAGAGGCACCAUAUUUCCUGCCACCAGCCGCUUUUUCGCGUAUGGAUACAAUGCAGCAAUAUCUGUACCGCAAGGAACCAGGAGAUGAUACCACUUCUCCUCCAAACAUAAUUGGUAGAACAAGACGUCGCAGAUCAGGUCAUGCAAUCUUUGUGACGUUUGACAUUGCAGAAAUUCCAAAGAAACCUCGGACCAUUGCAAUGAAACUGUUACGCCUCAAAUUUCUUGAUGGAAUUCAUCUUGAAACAGUCAGAAAGUUCUUUGAAGAACGCCCUAUUUGGUCCAAGAAUGCUCUUAUGUACCUGACAAAAUACACCAGAGGUCAGCUGAAGUAUCUAUUGCCUGCAGUUGGAUAUUACUUUGUAACUGGUCCAUGGAGAGUCAUGUGGAUUCGUUUUGGAUAUGAUCCGCGACUGGAUGCUGCUGCUCUGAAGUAUCAGACACUAGACUUCAGACUUCGAACUGCUG